CGCUCUGCGUCCAGCCGGGUCUCAGGUCUCACGUGGCCUCGAGGAGACAGCAGCACAGAAGAGCCCCGCACAUCCUCAGAGGGCCAAUGAAUCAGUCUGAACCUGCAGAGGAGUUUAAGCUCCAACCUUCAGAUGGAGCUGUGCCAGCAGAUGGUACAGAGCUACAGGAGAUAUCUGCUGACAUGGCCAAGAUGUCUGAUGGGACUCCUAAUCAGCCAGCAGGGUUUGAUAUGAUCUACAGAAUCGAGGACGUCCCGCCAUGGUAUCUGUGCGUGCUGCUGGGACUGCAGCACUACCUGACAUGCUUCAGUGGAACUAUUGCUGUACCAUUCCUAUUGGCUGAAGCCAUGUGUGUGGGGGAGGACCAGUACACUGUCAGCCAGUUAGUGGGCACCAUCUUCACCUGUGUGGGGAUCACUACGCUCAUUCAGACUACAUUUGGUGUCAGGUUGCCUUUGUUCCAGGCGAGUGCUUUUGCCUUUCUCAUCCCUGCUCAGGCAAUUUUGAGGCUGGAAAGAUGGAAAUGUCCUCCUGAAGAGGAGAUUUACGGAGAUUGGUCUAUUCCUCUCAACACGUCUCAUAUUUGGCACCCACGAAUACGAGAGAUUCAGGGCGCUAUCAUUGUGUCCAGCUUGAUUGAGGUGGUCAUAGGAUUCGCUGGAAUCCCUGGGAUCCUGCUUAACUCAAUCGGGCCCCUGACUGUCACCCCCACAGUGUCCCUUAUCGGCUUGUCUGUCUUCCAGACGGCGGGAGACCGCGCAGGCAGCCACUGGGGCCUGUCUCUGCUGUGCAUCUUUCUUAUUGUUUUGUUCGCUCAGUAUCUAAGGAAUUGGGCUUGUCCUUUCCCAGCGUAUUCCAGAGAAAAAGGCUGUCACGUCACACAUGUGCAAAUAUUCAAGAUGUUUCCCAUCAUCAUGGCUAUCAUGGUGGUAUGGCUGGUUUGCUAUAUUCUCACCCUGACGGAUGUGCUGCCGAAUGAUCCAGAACGGUACGGCUACAAGGCUCGCACUGACUCCCGGGGCGAUAUUAUGACCCGUGCGCCGUGGUUUCGUUUCCCCUAUCCAUGUCAGUGGGGUUUACCGACAGUGACGUUAGCAGGAGUGCUAGGCAUGUUUAGUGCCACUCUGGCUGGUAUUGUUGAGUCUAUCGGGGAUUAUUACGCCUGCGCUCGCCUCUCUGGAGCUCCACCUCCUCCUGUGCAUGCUAUCAAUAGAGGGAUCUUUACAGAGGGAGUGUGCUGCAUCAUAGCUGGGCUGCUGGGCACAGGAAAUGGAUCUACCUCUUCCAGUCCUAACAUAGGGGUGCUUGGCAUUACAAAGGUGGGGAGUAGGAGGGUGAUACAGUAUGGAGCAGGAAUAAUGUUUUUAUUGGGAACUAUUGGGAAGUUCACCGCCCUGUUUGCCUCCUUACCUGACCCUGUCCUUGGAGGGAUGUUCUGCACCUUGUUUGGUAUGAUCACAGCUGUUGGACUGUCAAACCUACAGAGUGUGGAUCUGAACUCUUCCAGAAAUCUUUUUGUUCUGGGUUUCUCCAUGUUUUUUGGCCUCAUGUUGCCUAAUUACCUGGACACUCAUCCUGGCAGCAUUCAAACAGGUGUGGCAGAGCUGGACCAAAUCAUCACAGUGCUCCUGACAACAGAGAUGUUUGUAGGGGGAUUUCUAGCGUUUGUACUUGAUAACACAAUCCCAGGCACUAGAAAAGAGCGAGGUCUGGUAGAAUGGGCGGCUGAGAGUUCUUCAGGAGCAGGAACAGUAAAAACUGACACAUAUGACUUUCCAGUUGGGAUGGGACUGGUCCGGAGGCUGGGCUGCCUGCGCUACCUGCCAAUCUGUCCCACUUUCCAGGGUUUUAAGCCAUCAUGCCGCAAAUAUGAGGAGGAGGACAUAAAAAUAAAUGGAGGUGUGACUGAUGCUCCAGGUGAAACAGUCUGCACCAAAAUUUAGCUAAAUUGUUUUUUCUUUUCACAACUGAACACUAAUUUGUAUCACAAACAAGCAAGAAAAAUGCUCCAUUAAAGAAUGGGUGCAUAUAUUUAAAGUAAAACUUGGAUGAAGAUUGAGGUUAAAUGGUCUUUGUUCAUAUAACAUCAAACCAAAUGUGAAAUUUGAUUAUAAAGCAUUAGAUAUUUUACUGAAAUUACUUCAAAAGAAAAUUAAAGUCAUGUUUUUUUUUUCCUUUCUUUUAUUACCUCUUGAUUGUGUACAAAAUAUGCAAGUGAUUAACACUAAACAGAAAUCAGGUGUUCAGAAA